CUGGUAUGUGGCUAAAAACAAGCUAGCUAGUUAAUAAGGUAGGCAUUUUCGUUUUCAAGUUGGAACUUUGCGUCAUGGCUGUUUGGGGCUUCGCUUUCGUCGGAGAAUGUUGCCAUAUACAUCAUCAUUUGAUUGAUAUAGAGUGAUAUUCUCCAUCUACUGGUUGCCCCAGAGUAUAUAAAUAAUUUCCAAGUAAUUGCAAUUGGCUGAGAGAGCACCACCAUGUCUAGGAAGCAGUCUGCCAAGCCGGUGCGAGGAAACAGGAAGUAUGACUUGGAGAGGAAGCGCGAUGAGCGCGCGGCCCGCCGGGCUCUGGCCAAAGACAGGAAGAAUCGCCCACCGGGGGCGGAUGAGGGCGAGGAGUUUGUCAGUUUCUCCAACCAGCUCCAAGCUCUUGGCCUGAAGCUGAGAGAGGUCCCUGGGGACGGGAACUGCUUGUUCCGUGCGCUCGGGGACCAACUGGAGGGACACUCGCGAAGUCACCUGCGUCUGCGCCAGGAGACCGUUCAGUACAUUAGUGACCACCGGCACGACUUUGAGCCUUUUUUGGAGGAUGAAGUGCCCUUCACACAACACUUGUCAAAUCUCUCCCAGCCGGGGAUGUUUGCAGGGAACGACGCAAUAGUGUCCUUUGCUCGCAACCAGCAGGUUAAGGUCGUGAUUCAUCAGUUGAAUGCUCCAUUGUGGGAGAUAAAUGGGUCUGAGAAGCAGCUUUGUCGGGAACUUCACAUUGCUUAUCGUUAUGGAGACCAUUAUGACAGUGUGAGACACAUUGGUGACAACUCUGAAAGCCCAUCUCAUCUACGUAUUGAGAACCUGAAUAAGUCCCGGAGGCAGCACGAGUUUGGAGACGGCCAGCUAGAGAUGCACACGGGCCCGCCAUCCUCCCCCUCCGAGGACGAGGACGUGAUCCUCAGCUCUCUCAGGAGCGCCAGUGCCAACGGAGAGAAUCUGUGUCCUUCAAGUGCCGCCACGCAGCCGUGCCACGCCGAGUGGCUGGAGCCCGACCUCAGCAACCAAAGCUGCCACGCCCACUGUGAUUCGGGGACAGAGGCACACCACCCUGAAUGUCGCUGCAUGGCCACCGAGAGCAGUGACAAGACGGCACCAUCAGAAGGCAGCACUGUGCAGAAAGCCAAGGUCUCUAACAAACAGAGGAAGGAGCAGCAGCGCUUGGAGAAGAAGAAGAGGCAGGAAGAGCGGCAUCGGCAGAAGGUCCAACAGAGCACAGGGCCUCAUGACCAAAAUCAGAACUUACCCGAGCAGGUCACUUUGGUGCCCGCCCUUAACACUCUUAGCAUCUAAGCCAAUUGGUGAAUGGUAGCAAGUACACUCAUGAGUGUGAAAACAGCUGCUCUGAGACCAGUUCUUUUUUUCUAUAUGGAACCCAUAAAGACGAAGCAAAAGAAGACCAUUGCACGUGUGUUUGGAUUGAGGAGUGACCAGCCGCUGCUUCUCUCAGGUGUUCUUGAACGAGAUCAUGUAUGCAAGUGUGUGCAAGUGUGUGUGAGCGUGUGAGAAUGUUGCAAAUUAUUUUGGUAUUUGAGUGUUUCUGCCUGGCCUCACUGCUUUGUGGAGCCACAGCCUGGCUAGUCAACUGCAUACAGUAAGCUUUUUUUUUUUUUUUUUUUUUAAAUCCAAUCUCUUUUUCCCUCUUUCUCCAAUCAGAGUUUACUCUGCCUGGUUUCAGCCAAAGCGUCUGCAAGAAUUUAAGAACUGAAAGGGAAUUUAAGGAAUGUGUUUGCUUAAUGGUGGUUUCAGAUGGGAAUGAUCUCAGUGUAUACCAGUUAAGCUAUAGCCAUGGCAUGACUUAAUCAUCACAUGCUCCUGCGGACAUGCAAGUGCUUCUGGUUAAACUAGCUCAAACUUCAAGGCUUUUUCUUCUGUUUGGACUCUUCAAAUGAGCAAUCCUCAUCUCUUCUUUGGAAUGAAGUGCAAUCUGACAAUAAAUGAGAAUGUUGGCAA